AUGUCUUCCUCCUCUAUGGGCAACGCGGCUGAUCAGCAUCUGGAGCAGUCUCGAAGUGAGAUUGCUGCGCGCGACAAGAUCUCCGAGCUCAACGCUGCAAACUCCCCACUCCUUCGUCUCCCGCCUGAGAUUAGGAACAUGAUCUACGACAGCGUCUUCCGCGAUCAAGUCCUCGCACUCAAAGGUACAGGGUUUGCUCUUGUGGAAGGGGAAUCGUGGGCGCAGGUCUCAAGCCUGCAGAACAUGGAGUAUGUUGUUAAGUUUGACGGGUUCAAUAACAUCUUUGAACACGAGUAUCAGUAUGAGAAGAAGAGUGGAACCGGUCUGUACUGGUUCGCUCAUCUGGACGACAUGGUCGCUCGCAAGCAGGCUGCGCCACCCUUGAGUAGCAGUUCUUCCGCUGAGGAAAAGGAGACGUGUCAGAUCGUGACCCCGCGGUUCAAUACUCAGAAGCUGCUUUUACAUGAACGUGCUCGUCUGAACAAGAUCACCGAAAUCAAUGCCGUUCAGUCACCACUUUUACGUCUUCCAGCAGAGAUCAAAACCAUGAUAUAUACCUAUGUUUUCGACGAGGUCGUUCAAAUCAACAAGUACCCAUGGUUUCUCAACUACCAUGUCAGCUUAAGGCCGCGUCAGUUCAGCGAUUAUGAUCGCUAUCCCUCUUCCACCUACUGCGAACACAACUUUCUAAGCCUGCUCCAUGUCUCUCGCCAGAUUCACCAGGAGACCGCUUUACUCCCGUACAAGCUUGCAACAUUCAAUUUCGAUACUUUGCCCACAGAAGAGCUCGAGGAUGAUGAAGACAAUAUGUUUUCGGCUAUAAGAGUGUUCCUAGAGAAAAGAACAAGGAAACAGGUCGAAGCUCUUGCCAAGUUGGAGAUUUAUAUUCUCAAUGAUCAUGUUCCGAACAUUGGAGAGUUGGAGUCAGGGACCGGUAUGUACUGGGUUACAGAGUUGAAUUGCGAGAUUUCUCCUGCCUAG